AUGUGUCAAAUAUGCAACUGUUUAGCAUGGAGUAUGGACGUUGUCCAGAGGGCUAUUACCUUCUGCCUCUUGGGUAUGCUGAUCUUCAUCGUUUGUAUUGGGUUCUGCAUCAGCAUCAUAGCCGGGAUAGCCUACGGAUACAAUUAUUCAUUGGCAGAAUUCCUCACAUUUACCAGAUCCGAUGUUACUGUGUACAUGAGAAGGGGACAAAUGAACGAUAGACCAGAUUUAGCACAGUUUGGAGGCAGAAGGUUUGGAAAUGAUUUGGAUUCAAACUUCAGUACGGACUAUCAGGAAAAUAUAGCUGAUACUGGCGGCAAAAAACCCUUGUCCGAAACAUUGGGGAAGGCAGCCGAUACAAGGAAAUACGCUGAACGACUCUCUAAGUUCACGAAGUCACAAUCUUCGGAAUUGCCGAGUAGUGAAGAAGAUGUGCCAGAGGGUUCCAUUAGUUAUUACAGAUUCACAACACCGCCAGUUCAGAAAAUUUCAAUCCAACCAAAUCCAGCGAUACAAACGACGGUAUUAGAGAGUGGGAGUUCUUCAAUAAUAAUGAGGAAAUUUGCACCUUUAAAAGACCUCUCAGUAGACUACGCACGAAAAGACCCGGAUGAAUACUUCUAUAAAAUUGGCGAUAUAGAAGACAAAGACAAAAUUAAAUCAAAAAUGAAGAUUCACAAAGAAAUGCCCGAUGAAAAACCCGAAGAUGACGAAAGAGAAUAUUCGACAAGGCGUUUUGCACCAAUACAGCAAUUUGAAAGCGGGCCAGAAUUAGAAGAGGACGGUAUUGCAUAUAAACCAGUUUAA